GCAGUAUUUGAACGUCACCAGGUGGCGCGCUGAGAGUGCCCGUCCACCCUGUUGAUAGUUUUUGUAAAUAGACUGGCUGUUUUAAUAUGUUGUCUUUGUCCUGAAUUGCGGGUGAUUUGAGUUUAUGAAAGAGCAACAAAAAGCAGUAAAAUGUGGAUACUGACACCCCUGCAGCCUGGAGGUGUGACCCACUAUCUCUUCUCCAGUAAAGAGUAUGUGGUGGGGCGCAAGAACUGUGACAUCCUCCUACCCAGCGACCAGUCCAUCAGCAGGGCUCAUGCUCACCUCACUGCUACUGACCAGACCCUGACUCUAAAAGACACCUCCAAGUAUGGUACAUUUGUCAACAGCCAGCGCUUGACAGAGAACACACCAGUCACCCUGAAGUCAGGGGACAAUGUUACAUUUGGGGUUUUUGACAGCAAAUUCAGUGUGGAACAUCAGAAGCCAGUGGUGUGUUCGUCGUGUUUGGGCAACGAUGGCAAGGCAUCACUCUCUGAGACCCUGUUGACUUUGGGUGGAAAGCUGGUCAACAGCUGGACUCAGGACUGCACCCACCUGGCCAUGCCCUCUGCUAAAGUCACCGUUAAGACUAUUUCUGCCCUGCUCUGCUGCCGUCCCAUCGUGAAGCCAGAGUUCUUCUCAGAGCUCAACAAAGCUGCUCAGCAAAAAUUACCCCCUCCUAAAGCUGAGAGUUUCAUCCCUGAGAUCGAUGAGCCCAGCUUGAAUAAAGAGGAUGUUAACUUUGGAGCGAUUCCAGUUCGCAAACAGCUUUUCACUGGAAAGACCUUCAUAUUCCUCAGUGCCAAACAGCUGAAGCGCCUGAGUGCAGCAGUGAGUUUUGGAGGUGGCAGGAGUCAGCUGCUGGAGGAGGGCUCUCUGCCCCGGGACCUGCUGGAGUCUCCACAGAGCUGUGUGGUCGAUGCUACAACAGGCAGCUCCCAAGCUCUGCUUCCUUUCUCUACCACAGAGUGGGCAAACUCUGUGAAGAACAUUGUUCAAAGAAAAGGCCUUCGAGUCAUCACAGAGUCUGAAAUUGGUUUGGCUGCCGUCUAUGCUUCCUGUAACAAGUUCUGCAAUCCAUCCAGUGUAAUAUCAGACUCAGUUUUAGGCUCAGUCCAAAACAUGAAACCCAGAAUUCCAAGUGCUUCGCUGUCACAGAGCGUGGCGGUGGAUGAGACUGUGUUACCUUCAACAUCCCAGAACAUCACAGCUUAUGCAGCUAACACAGAGCCAUCACAAGGGACAGAGCUAUGUAAAGUUACAGGGGUGACGGCAGUAGGGGAGACUCCUGAGAAGAAGCAAAACCAGAAUGCUGGUCAGCUCUGUGGAUCCAAACCCGUAGCUAAGAAGACAGCCACUCAGUGCAUUGUGGCUGAUACAAUGAGAUCAUUGUUUAACACUGUAGAGAACACAGACUCACAGAGGAAGAAGCCUGAGUCCAAACCGACAGGUGCAGGCAGCAGUGGCAUUAGGUCCCAGACAUCCCUUCCUAGGACCAAUGGUGGCACAAAGACAUUCCUACAGAAGCAAUCUCCUCCGAAACAACAAAUCUAUGCACAAGCUUCCCCACAGAAACAAUCAACUCUGACCAGUUUCUUUCAAACAGUCAACAAGAAAAGGCCUUUGGAGGACGAGCUCUUCGCUGUUAUGUCAGAGCCAAAAAGGCCUGUACUGGAAUCAUCCAUCAGCAUACAGGCACCAAACACCCCUGCAGCAACAUCCCAGACUCCACUGGGGUCAGCAGCUGAUCUUUUUGUAGGACAGUCAGAGGUUCAGUCAGACAGGGUCUCCCACGCUGUCCAGGAGGAGCCACGGAGCAGAAAGAGGAAGGAGAUGGAAGCAGAGAUACAGAUGGAUGAACUGGAGUCUAUUAUGUCUGAGGAUAUGGACUGCUUUGAUGAGCAGCCCUCAGAUAAUCAAGGCCAGCAAGCACAGCUAAUGAUGCACAGUUCAGCCAAACAGAAACAAGGUUUAAAAACUGUGGAGGCCUCAAGCAAGAAGCAACGGGUCCACGUAGAAGAAAAUGGAACCAACAAAAGGCCACAGGUGGAAAAAGAGGCAGGUUCCCAUAACAACCACAGCCAAAAAUCUGAACAGCACAUUGUCUCCAUCAAGACAGAGCAGGUCCAUCCUUUUGAAUACAGGACAACUUAUCAUGAGCCCAGCAAUCCUCCAGAAGUGUCAACUGCCAGUACAAGUAAAAACAUUGAGCCUUUUGAAGAUGACGAGGCAUCUUUCAUUGAGGAUUUAGAACUACUCAAAGCAGAUAUUUGCCAACCUAAAGAAGAGACCAAGACUCCUCUGAAACCUGUUACAGUCAAACAGGAGCUUCAAGAGUCAAAGAUUGAUGAAGACCUUCCUAAAAAGGUGGUGUUAGUGGAGUUUAGAUCUCUCACUGUGACUGCACCUCCCAAAACCAAACCAAAGAGGAUGCAGGAUAUCGGCUAUGCAAAGAACUUCAAAUGUUUCCGCAAGAUCUGCCGGCCAGGCGCAGGCGGCUCACCCCACAUUAUCGGAGGGUCUGAUCUGCUGGUUCACAACAGGGGCAAGAACUCUGAUCUGGAUGAAUGGCUGAAAGAUGCAGCUGAGGAGGAACGUCAGAGCAGACGAGACGAGAGUGUAGGAGAUGACCUCUUUAGAUACAACCCCACCAAACUAACCAGGAGAAGAUGAAAUGCCUUCAUUAUGAUGUCCUAUGGAGGGAAUUCAUUUCAAAGGCACAGGAAGUAUGUCAAACACCAGAAAGGACUCCAGAAAGAAUUUGAUAGAUAAUUCUUGAUAUGUUUUUCACGUAUAAUGUAGAUGAUUACAAUGCAGAAUUAACAGCUUCAUAACUGCUAAAAUGAUCAGAAAUGUUUGUCAGUGUUUUGUUUUGCUGAUCUUCCUGUUCUAUCCAUAAUUGUUUUCAUACUCUUCACUAAUUAAGCCACUGACAGCAAUCAAUGUAACAAAACAGUCUCAUGUUCAGAGAUUUUCGCAGUUUUUAUUUGUCAAUAAUAAAAAAAAAUGCGGCAUACAAAACAUUAAAAAGUCUUCAAUUGUACAAGAGAGCAUUAAAACUCUACAUGCUGAAAGCAGCAAUUCCUUCGCUUUGAAGUUAAGACCAAAUGUGUUCCCUGGUUUUUGCUGACGUACAAACUUAAGAGGGAUUCAAGUUGCCGUUCCUUAAACGAUCUCAGAUGAGCCAACCCUACAGGCACUUUUACAGAUCUGAAACUGUUCAGAUAAGUAGUCGUCAUGCCAAAACUUCAGUGGGCCUUUCUGUGCAUUCAGCAUGAAUUAUGCAGUAAUAAAAGUUUUUUUCAUGGGCAGCAGAGUGCCAAAAGGAAGGAGACUGAGCUUUAAACACAGUUCUUUUCUCUAUUGCAAUGGGAUUAUUUUUCUUAUUACUUUGUGAUAAAAGCAAAUUUUCUACUAUUACUACUACUAGCAAGUUUCUUUCUAAAAUCCAUACAAAUCUGUACUAAUAUGUAAACUAUGUGGAUGGACACAAAAUAAACCUGUCAUUGCUUUAUUAAGCAAGCAGAUUGCGCUUGGAGUUGACAGCAGUGGACAGUUGUGUCCAACCUGGAUGUAACAAGAUCAUAUUCUUAUCUUUAAGUAAAUUCAAAACAAUAAUAAGAGUUAUCUCCACUCUUGAGUCACCCAGUCUCCUCUGCAGUCCUUCAAUGUACUGGAUUAAAACUCUUCCCACGUCUGUUCUCAUAUAGCACUUUUCUAUCUUCUGCUCACAGCAGCUGCUGCUAGGCAAUGCUUCAUGCCUGCAUGCAUAUAUUUAAUAUUUAUAUCAAAACAAUACUCAGAAGUCUGUGAAAAAAGCAUCAAGGAAUAAUUCAGCUGAAAUUCAAUAUUUAACACAAGUAACAUUUUCACUAGUUAACUGUUAUAUGAUUACCAAAACUUAUACAGCAAUGUUUUAAACUACUUUGUUAGUGGAAAAAGUAAUGUGACUACAGUAACAUGUUACUUUGUAAUGCAUUACCCCCAACACUGACUGACUACCAUAUUGUAUUGAAGGGGGCAAAAGAAAAAUUUCCCUACACAAAGAUCAAAGUGUCACAUCACAAUAAACAAACCAUGAGCUGUGCGUGAGCGGCAUACAGACAAAAUAUGCAUAUGGCAUCACACUCUUGCAGACAGUGUUUAAAUGACUGAAAGGAAGGAAAAUAUAGUGGAAAUGAAGAAUAGAUUGCUACUUUCACUGCUCACAAUCUGUCUAAACUGGCAUUUAACAAAACAAUAUUGGCUGUUUACUGUGAAGCCGUAUUAAAAAAUGGAAGAAAAAUUUGGGCAGUAUGGGGGGGAAAACACAUUAAAUGUGCCUAGUUGGUGUAGUCUGACUUGGUAAUAGCUGUGUAGUGUUAAGUAAACAAAGUUGUGUACCAUGUUGACUACAGGGAUAGACAAUAAGUCAUUGACAUAUUGCCCAGUCAUGGACACAAGUUGAUUGAAUAGUUCCAAGAUGGAGCUUAGAUGUUAGCCUUCAUAAGGAUAGCCACAACAUGUUAAAAAAAUGGCAUAAUGUAAUUAUAAAACUAAAAGAGGAUGCUAAGAUUUAUUUUGCUAAAAAUCUAAAAAAUAAAUGAUUUGGAUGGUAUGAUUGUAAAAAUUGGUAUUCUGCAAGUGUGCUUUUUUUGUUUUGUCUUUUUCAAAGCCCUUUCUCUCCAUGUGUAUCUAUGAGUUUAGAUUCAGAUGAGCUGGCAGUGACUCUGGCCAAAAUGACAGGAACAUUUGCCCUAAUUGUUGUAAUUGUGGCGUCUAGAUAAAUGGAUUAUUAAGGCAAGAAUUGUAUUACUUUUUCACUAUAUUCUAGUUAUGAUGUAAUUGGCAGUUAUUAAAUUAAAGGACCAUACUGGUGUUUCUUGUUUUAUUUUAAUUACAUUUUACUGCUAAAGGACCUUCUCAAUGAACACCAUGCCCAUCGUAUUUUGUCUAAAUAUAUCAUUUUGGAGUAACAGUUUAAAGCAUGGGUUAAUUAGUUUGAAAGUUAGCUGUCAAAUGGCAGAAGCAUUCACAAUAUUUCUAGAAAAUCAAACCCAGAAAAAAACAAAACAAUAAGCAAACAUUAUCAAUCUUACUGUAGUCUCUUGUGCUAUGAAAUUUGCUGUUCUGAAUGUAAAUCUAAACAAAAAUAAAAACUGCAAAGAUUUUCUUCCUUAAAAUGUUUAUACUGUAUGGAAAUAAAUAAAAAGGUAGGAAAAUUUCAAACACCAGAAUGAUCCUUUAUAGACCAGAUCUUUUGCCAGGAUACUUGAAUCCAAACAGUAAAAUCAGAAAUGGCUGCCAAAGAAUACAUUCAGAUCUGCAAGUAAAAUUAUUUGCAUAGAAAGCCUUUCAGUAGCACUAUAAUCAAAGAAACAGGUCAGAUUUAUUAUUCUUUUCUAACUUUUUUAGGUAGACCUACAAUAGCAGCUAAACAAAGAAUCCUCCGAAGUAAAAAACAAAAGCAAAAAAUGGUAAGCUCAGAAGAAUCAGGAACAUUAAGAUUGCUUAUCCAUGAACUUGUGUGCAUCUACUGUUGCAAACACUCACCAGUCAUGAUUGUAUUACUUCAGAUGAUCGUAACUUUGUAAGUGGGACCACAGAUUGCUCUGCAAGUGUUAAUCACUUACACAUAGCUGUCGUAUGUUGCAUGGAGAAUGAGCGUAGUGGCCUCUACUUUUGAGCAUUCCCUCUCUGAAAGGCUAAAAUAAGACUUAAAAGUGUGAUACAAGUUGUAAGUAUUGUUAGUAAAUGGAUUGAAAGACACAUGGUGAACGAAUAAAUAACCCUGAUGAAAAUAAGGUCCCAUUCAGUCUAGAUUGACUAGAAAACAUUGGCACACAGUAGCUUGGACUUAUGGGGACUUCUUAUGAAGUCAGACAAGACUCUUAAAAGCUGUCAUUUGUUUCUUUAGAAACUAAUUAGUGUACAUCCAUUGUCUUUUUGGUCUCAGAAAGUUGUAAAAUGCCUAAGCUUUGAUGAGAAAACACUGAAUUAAUGAUUAAAACUCUUCUAUAUCA